GGCUGCCUGUCGCUGGCCUGGCCCGGUUGGAGCCGCCUGCGGCUGCGCCUCUAAAGGCGCUGCCAGUCGAGUCUUGUGCUACUGCUUCCUGCUCUUGGCCGCCUCCGCUCAGUCUCUGGAAUCCUUGCAACCCCGCCGGCAUGUCUCAGGCUGAGUUUGACAAAGCUGCUGAGGAUGUUAAGCACCUCAAGACCAAGCCAGCAGAUGAUGAGAUGUUGUUCAUCUACGGCCACUACAAACAAGCAACUGUGGGUGACAUAAACACAGAACGGCCUGGACUGUUGGAUCUCAAAGGCAAGGCCAAGUGGGAUGCCUGGAAUCAGCUGAAAGGGACUUCCAAGGAAGAUGCCAUGAAAGCUUACAUCAACAAAGUAGAAGAGCUAAAGAAAAAAUAUGGAAUAUAAGGAACUGGAUUUGGCUGCCGGCGAUGCAUUUCAUCUAAACUGAUAACAAUGCCUUGUUUUUCUAAUGCUGUGGAUGACGAGAAAUGAUGAAAAUAGCCCAUUAACCUAGAUCCUGAAGACUCUACAGGAUACGGCCCUAACAGAGUAGGGGCUGAAAUGGUUACUGACGUGCUCUGAGUAGUUUUUAUCUGUAGAUCAAUUAAAAGUGCAUUUGUUACUUUAA